AGUUUCAUCAUCAACAACAACAACAACAAACAAAAUGACGAUGACGGUAGUUAAAAACGCAGGGCUAACAUCAGGCGGUUUGUUCUGGUAGAAUGUGGAUCGCUGACUCGUUUAUUCUCAGCAGGUUGAAGUUAGAGGUUUCACCACAGCUCAGCUGUGAGGUGCUGGGAUGAAGUGAAACUCUCAUUAAAAGGUACUUCAGACUUACUCGUUCUCGGUAACUUAAUCUCACCGUCAUGAGCGAGGUGUUUGUCCGGGUGGCGGUCCGUAUCCGGCCCCUGCUUCCCAAAGAGGUCCUCCACAACCACCAGGUCUGUGUGCGGAUGGUGCCGGGCUCCGCAACGGUGAUGCUCGGCUCGGAGCGACUCUUCUCCUUCGACCACGCAUUCGGACCGACAGCCAGCCAGGAUGAGGUGUACGAGUCCUGCGUGCAGCCGCUGGUGGAGUCCCUGGUCGACGGCUACAAUGCCACCGUCUUCUGUUACGGACAAACAGGGUCAGGGAAGUCAUACGCACUCGGAGGCGGGAGCCUGGAUGAAGAGGGAGGAAUUAUUGACCGUGUAGCCCAGGAUGUGUUCUUGAUGUUGGGGGAGAAGAGGAAGAAUGGUGGGGGUGUGGAGGCCACAGUGCGGGUCUCCUAUCUGGAGCUGUACAGGGAGGAGCUGCGAGACCUGCUGGAACUGCACAGCACUCACAAAGAGCUUCAUAUCAGAGAAGAUGAGAAGGGAAAUACGGUGGUGGUGGGAGCAAAAGAGAUUGUUGUCACCUCAGCAGAGGAGCUACUCAGCGUUCUAGAGACGGGUAAUGCGCUGCGCCACACCGGCACCACAGGGAUGAAUGAGCAUUCCAGUCGCUCUCACGCCAUCCUCACCCUCCAGCUCAUCCAAUGUUGCCACAACAACAACUCCUCCUUAAAGUCUGUCCACUCCUCCAAACUCUGUCUAGUCGACCUAGCAGGCUCGGAGCGUGCUGGAAAAACUGGCAACAACGGGACACGGCUUAAAGAGUCUGUUCAUAUCAACACAGGCCUGCUUGCACUGGGCAAUGUUAUCCGUGCCCUUUCUGACCCUGCUCGAAGUCGCAGCGCACACAUACCGUACCGUGAUGCCAAGAUCACCCGUCUCCUCCGUGAUUCGCUGGGAGGCACCGCCCAUACACUGAUGGUGGCAUGUGUAAGCCCCUCUCACCACAGUGUAGCUGAGACUCUGAGUGUCCUGCAGUUUGCAUCCAAGGCCCGUCACAUUCGCAACCGUCCUGGAGCAAUAUCUACUCAUACAGAGGUUAAAUCAUGUCCUACAUCCUGGGACCCCGGCGAGGCUCGACUAGGGGAGCUUGAGUAUGAAGUACAGACUCUGAGAGAGCUAUUGAAAGAGAAGGAGAGAGAGAUGGAGAUGCAAAGGGAAAAGACAGGUGAAAGAGCUGGAGAAGGGGAGAGCUUCAAAGAGUCCAGUCAGAUGAGGAUAUCUGAGCCAGAUCAGAAGAUGAACCAAGAGGAAUCAUCACAGUACCUCCUCCUAGCACAGGAAGCUGCAGCUCUCCUUGCAGAUAUCUCUGGCCCCUCUCCAAGUGAUUCUUUCAGGCAGCAACUGCAGGAUUGGCAGGAGAGAUUGAUAGCUGUCAGUAACACACAUCAAAUCGGUGAUAAGGCCUGUUCAGAGAGGGAUGGAGACCAGCCCGCUCUUGUUACAAUAUUAAAGCUCAGAAAAGAGCUCCACAAAUGCCAGGAAGCUCUCGACAUAGAGGAGCAGCUGUUGGAACAGAAAGAUGCAGAACUGAGACAGGUACAAAAAGAUGUUGAGAAACUUCUUCAAGAGAGAAAAACCCACCUCCAAGCAUUAGAGGAAGAAAAAGAACGUAAUCGUAUACAGAUUGAACAACUGGUGGACAAACAGAUUCUGAUUGAUCGUCUUCGCAGCGACCUCGUGACCUUUCAGGGUGCAACCACAGGGGCAGCAGAGGAAUUAGUGCCCUCUGGGACCUCAAGCAAGAGGCCCCAUAGUGUCCCUCUGAUCAGACACAGCUGUGGACAGGGGCCUCGCAGGGAGAUUCACUCCAGUCCCCCAGCCUAUUCACUGGAGAGAGUGUUGGCAGCCUUUAAGAUGCGCGGUCAUCUCCUUCUGGCUGAGCUUGAGGAAAAGGAUGAGGUGUACUGUCCAUUCAUAAAACAACAAGCAGAUAGCAAAGACAGGGGUCAAGAGAAGGAAGAGGAGGAUGACGAUUGUGUGAGCAAAAUGGCAUUUAGGCGUUCUUUAAACCGAACAUGGACCAGCCGGCAGAAGAAAUCAGCUCUGAAAGAGAAAAACACUGGACUAGACCAAACAUCUAAUAGGAAUCCAUUACUACAACAGCCCCAGCGAGCAACAGGGACCAAGGAAAACCACACCAAACAUAUGAGGAAGGCCAGACCAAGAGCGAGUGUUACACAGAGGAUCCAAGAUCUGUCAGUCAAAAUGCACAUGGAAGAGGAGCUCAUCAAAGAGCUUGACAAAACUGACGAGGAGAUCCAACCAGUGGACAAACAUGGCAGGCCCAGUGGAGAUGGCAGAGAAGCUGGCAGGUUGACGAGACUUUCGAUGCAGAGCCAGCAGGUCCGAGCAGAGAUGUAUUGCAGCCUUCAACACGUAAGACUGCAGAGAGCACAGCUUCAGACCAACCUCAGGCCGCAGAGACAGACCACUGACAGCAAAAAAGAACUUGGCAAAAGUGGGGAGCAAAGAGAAGGAGAUCUGACUGUGUGCAAAAGAAAUCACCAAGAAGAGUCAAAGGAAAAGCUGCCUGACAGCAGUUGGCUGGAGCAGGAGGAGGAGCAGGUGCUUCAGAAGAGAGCAGAGCUGCAGGAGCUGGAGGAGGAGCUGAGGGGGAGAGAGGAGGUUGUCCUGCGUAGAGAAGCCUGUCUGCAACAGAAAAACAAACUGGAGACCAAGAUGCUACACUCCAGUCAGGCUUUGAGUCAGGACCUGCUGCGUGUGUCAAUGCGGUUGGAGUCUGUGGAGGAGCACCUGCAGAGCAGUAGCAAUGCAAGGCGGACUGGAGGGGUCACCACAGAGGAACUGGAGAAGGAGAGAGACAUGCUUAAAAAGAGGAGAGACGCUCUGGAUUCACAGCUGAAGGAAAACAGAGUGCUUACUGUGGAGGAGGGGCAUUCCCUGCUCCGGCUGGAGGAAGCUAUUGAAGCUCUGGAUGCGGCUCUGGAGUUUAAAAACCGCUUCAUCGAGGACAAACAGAUGAAGUUGUUAAUCGCAGACUCACCUUCAUAUCAGUCGCAAAGCACUGAACCCGCCCAGCUCUGUGAUGUCAUCGGGAAGCUGAAGGCGCUCUCACCACCCGAGGCUUCUGAGCUGCUCAUCAGAUAUUUCAACAAGGUUGUCUGUCUUCGUGAGGCGGAGCGCCAUUUGCGUUUGCGCUGUGAAGAGCUGGAGCUUCAUGCUGGAGAGCAAGAGGUGGUGCUGAGGGAGAUGGAAGCCACCAUGCAGCGCCUGGCCCUAGAUGCAGACCGCAGGCUCACCCAGCAGCACCAAGAUCACCAGAACAAAAUCCAGCUACUGCUGCAGAAAUGUCAAGAGGGUGGAUCAGAAAAGCCACAGCAGGCUACCCAGGACAGACUGCAACAUCUGGAGAAAGAACUGUUUUUCUACAAAAGCUCCACGCGGCAGCUCAAAAAGAAACUCAAAGAGCUUUGUGGUGCCCUGCACCCUGACGAUCAACCCUCACACAAAUUGGAGCCCAGUCAUAAACACAAUAUACAGAUACACACAAGCACAAACAAAUCUCAGAUGCACACUGAAGAGGUACUAACAAGGACACGCAUUGCAACAACAUACACAAAGAUACAUGCUGAGCAAGAAGACCAAAAGACACAGAAAGAUUCUCAUGUGAAGAGACACGCACACCAAACCCCCUGUCCCUCGUUAUCUUCUGACUGUCAAGCACACAGUAAGACCAAAAUGCCUGAAUACAGCCAGAUAAGCACACACACACAGUCCCAGGGUAGGAAUGAAAGAGGGCCUGGGGACUGUGGUGAAACUUUAGAGAUGACAUCAGUCCGUUUGUGUCGCAGAGAGCUGAGACAGAUAUCUCCACCUGAUCUGCAGAUAUCUAGUUCUGCCACAAGGAGGCGACAGUCUGCUGUUGAUACCAGUGCAGAGUCAAUACUAGAGGACUCCAUAGAAGUGCCCAGAAACACUGACAGAUGAUGUUGCAUCAAUUGCAGAUCUACUCAGUGGCUUUACGCAGAUCAUAGCACCUACGAGUCCCUUGACAGCAGUAAUGUGUACAGUACAUUCCAGUUGGGUGGUAGUAAGUAAAGGAAAAUAUGUCCCAUGAAUAACCAAUGAUAAAACUCACUGAAUAUGAAUGAACCACUUUUCCUCUCAUACUAAGUAUCUUUAGAAAAUGUUAAUGCAAUGGUUGUGGGAAAAUACUUUCUUUAAGGACUUUGUGGGGCUUUGAGGUCAGUGAGAAGUGCCCAAAAGACAAAAUCUUGUCUUUGUAGUGAACCUGUUCAGUCUCUUACCAUUGCACUGUCUUCCUUGGUAGUCACAUAUUUCUCAGACCCUGCCCAUGCGAUGCUGAACGAUCAGUGAGAGAAGAAACAGUAUUGUCGUGACAACAGAAUGAAUCUGAUAAAUGGCAUGAUUACUGAGAAUUUCCAAUAAUUUUGCAGUGUUUUUACACUAAAAAUAGAGUGAAAUGUCCCCUUUUGCGAUUAUAGUUUUUCAUCUCAGCUCUUGCCACACCAAAAUACAAUACUGCACAUUCCAUGUUUUGUCCCCCUGAAUUUGGGAAUUGCAUGUUUCAAGCUCUUGUCCUAAACAAAGACAUAAAACAAGUUCUAAAAACUAUCUUCAUAAUGUCAUAAGUCCAUCUGACAUAAAUACUCUUUAUACAUAACCUACUACCUUUUGAUAUUAUUUCGGUAGUCGUAUACAGUAAGCUCACCUUACAAGUAUCACCAACUGCAUCCACUAAACUGAUUUUACAAACACUGUUAAUUAAAAAGAUAAAAUAGGUUAGAGGAAACACGUUCAUCAACCUGUUGUUAAAGGUAAUCUUGUAGAGCCUCUUGAAGAGAAUUGCUUUGUUUUACACCUAUAAUUUCCAGCACUGUAUAGCACUUCAAAUGGCCAGUAGAUACAGUAUGUUAUCUGCACUACAGCAGUAAUGUGUUUUUUUAUGCACUUGAUUUUGUUCAUAUCUUUGUGCACUAUGUAUUAUUAGCCAUACUGUGUGUGUAAAUUAUUUCUUAUAUGGGUGACACUUAUU